AGAUAACAUUUGUGAGAAGUUUAUUCAUCUGAUUGAUCAUCGAGAGAGAAACCACCAUGGCGGAUGUAGCUCUAAUCAGUGGAUUGCUUUCAAACUUGGCACCUCUGAUUCAGGAUGAAUUCUCGUUGGUUUGGAGUUUUAAGGAGGAGGUUCAAAAGCUAUCGAGCACUCUAUCUGCAAUUAAUGCCGUACUCAAAGAUGCUGAGCGAAAGACUGUGCGGGAAAAGGACGAACAAACGGAAGAUUGGUUGCGUAAACUGAAAGAUGUGGCGUACGAGGUUCGAGACAUCAUGGAUGAGUGCACCUAUGCAGAUCUUCGUCUUGAAGUCAAGAGGCGUAAUGCCUCCUCUUCAACCCUGAUCCAGGUAACCAACUCAAUAACCCGUCCUUUUAUCAGUACUAGGACACGUCGAAAAGUUGGUCACAAAAUUAAGGAUGUUCAAAAGAAGCUUGACCAAAUUUCUUUAGAGCGCCAAAAGUUAAAUUUCCUUGAAUCUGUUCCUGACUCAAAAAUAGACAAGCUUACUAGUAGUUCGCGUGAAACCAUCUCUCUUUCUAGUUGUAAUCAAGUUUAUGGGAGAGAUAAGGAAAAGAAACAGAUUAUUGAUAUUCUGGUCAAUAAUACAUCUGGUGCUUGUGUGGAUAAAACACUAUCUGUUUUACCCAUUGUUGGAAUUGGGGGUCUUGGUAAAACAACACUCGCCCAAACUGUCUUCAACGACCAGGAGAUUACUAAGCAUUUUGAAACCAAAAUCUGGGUUUGUGUUUCUGAUGAGUUUGACAUUAAAUUGGUGAUGAAAGCCAUCUUAGAAGAAAAGGCGGAAGCACGCUCAGAAGAAUUGCAGAGAAAAGUUAGAGAAAAAUUGAACGGGAAAAGAUAUUUGCUUGUAUUGGAUGAUGUUUGGAAUGAAGAGGUUGAGGCAUGGAGGAGGUUGAGAUCUAUAUUGGAUUGUGGAUCAAAUGGUGCAUUUGUCCUUACAACGACACGUAAAGGAAAUGUGGCAGAAAUCAUGGGAACAAUUCAACCUUUUGAAUUAUCCUCGCUCUCUCAAGAUGAUUGUUGGUUAUUAUUCGAAGAAUGCGCAAAACCAAAACUUCCAAACUUUAUUAAUAUUGGUAAAGAAAUAAGUAGAAAAUGUAAGGGUGUUCCCUUAGUUACCAAUGUCUUGGGAAGCCAAUUGCGAUUCAAUUGUGACGAAAAGGAAUGGUGCAGAAUAAAAGAUAGUGAGAUAUGGGAGAUUUCACAAAAUGAAAAUUUAAUCUUGUCAAUUCUAAGAUUGAGUUAUUAUGAUCUCCCUUAUCAUUUGAGAAGAUGUUUUGUGUUUUGUGCUAUAUUUUCCAAGGAUGCUGAAAUUGAAAAGGAGAGAUUAAUUCAAUUGUGGAUGGCCCAUGGUUUAAUUCCUACCGUUAAAAACCAAGAAGUGGAAGAUAUUGGGAAUACAAUUUGGAAUGAGUUGUGUCGGAGAUCCUUUUUUCAAGACGAGAAAUUCGAUUGGUCUAGAAAUGAAAUAUGUAAGAUGCACGAUCUUAUGCACGAUCUUUCCGAAUCUGUUAUGAAAGAUGAAUGUUAUACGUUGGAUGUUAAUAACUCAAGUGGUGGUUUAAAACGAGAUAUCCGUCAUCUAACGGUAAGGGUGGGUGAAUUUGUCAAAAAUUCAUUUUGUUCUCUUAAGAAAAUUGGAGGGUUGCAAUCACUAAUGCUCCAUGGCAGAUAUGUUGAAGGAAAUGUCAGAGAGAAGAUUUGUUUGAGUGUCUUGAAGGAACUUUCGACUUUACGUGUCCUUGAACUGAGGUGUAAUAGCAAAUAUCAACAUUUAGAAUAUGUGGGAUGUCUAAAACAUCUUAGAUACUUGGACAUUUCCUAUAACGUUCAGAUAACAAUAUUACCUGAUAGUAUUUGUGAUCUCUUGAACUUACAGACUUUGAAACUCAAUGGGUGUUUUAAGCUUGAAAGUUUGCCCAGAAAUACGAAAGACCUUAUUAGUCUGCGGCAUAUUUAUUUGGAGGGCUGUGAUGGAUUAAAAUAUAUGCCGAGAGGGAUGGAACAAUUGAAAAAUCUGAAGACAUUAAGCUUGUUUGUGAUAGGCAUGAAGGAGAAAGACGGUCAACUAGAUGAAUUAAAAGAAUUGGAUAUCCGUGGAACAUUGAAAUUGAAGAAUCUUGGAAGAGUUAGUGAUGCAUCUAUUGCAAGAGGGGUAGGUAUGGCUAAAAAGACGAGUAUCAAUGAAUUGGAGUUGGAUUGGACAUCUGUUGAUGAAGUUGAUGAGAGCAAGAGUACUAGAGAUGAGAAAAUUGGUGAAGCUCUAGAGGUUUCAACUGCAAGGCUGAAGAAAUUGAAAAUGAGUGGUUACAAAGGUGUGAAUCCCCCUAAAUGGGUGAACAAUGUGAAUACGAUUGCUAGUAGCAGCGUUGACAAUGAAAUGAUAGUACUAUUCCCUUUGUUAGAGCAAUUGGAGAUUUGGAGUAUGAAGAAUUUGAGGGAAUUGGUGUCACCUAGCUGUACUAGAGCAUUCCCUAAUUUAUGCAAGAUUGAGAUAUGGUAUUGCCCAAAGUUAGGGGCCUUGCCACCGCAUCUCAAAGCACUCAAAGAUGUAACUGUUAUUGGUGAAUGUUCGGAUGAAUUGUUAUAUAGCAUCUUGAAUCUUAAUGGUACUCUCACUCGUCUCAAACUUCAUAAUAAUGAUGUGGAGCAUCUAGUGAACAACAACAUGAAUGGAAUUGAAGUAGUGUUAUUCCCUUUGCUAGAGAUACUUAGUAUUGGUAACAUGGAGAAUUUGAGGGAAUUGGUGUCUCCUACUAUUCCUAGUGCCGGAGCAUUCCCUAAUCUAUCCAGGUUGAUGAUACAUGAUUGUCCAAAGCUAGGGGCCUUGCCACUGCAUCUCAAAUCACUCAAACAUGUACGUAUUGAGGGUGAAUGUUCGGAUGAGUUGUUAUAUAGCAUCUCAAAUCUUAGUGCUCUCACUAGUCUCUCUCUUCGUUAUAUGAAUGAAAGAAGUGUUUUAUUUGGAGCUGGUUAUAAGGCAUUAAUGUUUGAUGAUGAGAUACCAUCAACAUCAUCAUCGUCAAAUAAUAAUAGUGAAGCACAAUUAGGAGGAAGAGUACGCUCAACUUUCCAAUCUCUUCAAUUUCUGGGUAUUAUAGGGUGUAAGAAGUUAAGGCGUUUGUUUGAUGAGGGAAUGAUAUCAAAGAUUAGUGGCUGCCAGAACAAACACUUCAUCAACUCUCUCACGCAAUUGGAUAUUAGUUAUUGUCCGGAGUUGAUGAUAUCAGUUGAGGAAUUUGUUGGAAACCUCAAUAUUAAUAAUAAUUCACUACAGCAUUUGAUUAUUAGAAGUUGUCCUAAGUUGGUGUCAUCAGAAGAAGCGGACGAUGUUAUCGCACUCCUGCGUUCCCUUCGAACCAGACUUGGUCCUGAGAACUUCCAUUUAUAUUCUAUUGGAAGAGGAAUAGAAGAAAGAGAAGAAGAGUCAAUUAAAAGUGAUAACCUAAAGGAGUAGAAGACUGAACAAACAAGGAGGUACGUACCAAUAUAAUCUAUUAUAUUGGAAAACAAAUUAACACGAAGAGCAGAGCAGAGCAUACAAAUUUGGUAUGUAGAGAGCUCUAUAUAUAUAUCUGUUUCUAUGAUUUUAUUUUUAAACCAAUCCAUUAUAUAAUGGUCAUAUUCACAGUAUAACAUAUGUUAUAUAACCUUUUGCAUCAGGAAAAUUCAAGAAUCUUCUGCGUUUAGAAAGUGGGGGAAGUUAUUGUUGAUGCGUCAAACUACGAAUAAGCCAAAUAUUAUUGUAUAAUAGGAUUUGAUCUAAUUUUCUUUGCACUUUUAAUUUUAUUUACAUAUUUGAUUUGAUGCAUA